AUGACAGAUCUCCCUUCAACGAAUAUUGUACACACAAGACGACCGCCUAUACCAUCUACGGAGUCGCGCCAAAGCGAAGAAGUCGAAAAGGAGAGCGGGAUUUCAGCUCAGGCAUCUGACAGGAUUUCUGGAGCCAUAGGAAGACUGGUCCCGUUCUUUGAACGGCAAGCAGGCAGGAUCGAGCGGCAGCCAGGCUUCGAUGCGACUACGAAGACGACUGACCUUCGACGUAUUACCUCUGCUCCUGCUGUGGGUGGUUCAGGAGAAGCAGAUGUGGUCGAGGGAGGUGUCAUGUCCAUAAUCGCCCUCGUGGACGACCAAAUGUCAAAAGGGGCUCCUUUUCCUCCUCAAGAGUUCCCAAUCACAGCUAAAGAUUAUGAAGAAACACCAUCCAGUUCUGCCUCCGACCUGAUGUGGCGGUUGCAAGCGGAUCGAACCGCUCUGGAAGCUGGACAGUCUAAAAAUCAGCCAUCUCCAGAGGCUGGUGCAGAGUUCAGCUUCCAGGAGGUGAAAGAGGAGCUGUUUCUGAGUGUCUAUGGCAUGCUACGCUGCUUCAUAAACGUCAAAACACACAAGUCCAGGCUAAUUGCGAAGAGUGAACGGCAAACCUACCCGAACCGCCACGAAAUAAAAUACGUGGUCGCAGCAAAAGAUGAGAUUGAGAAACUGGAGCUCGUGUGUUCUGAUCUCCUCAAGGGCAUCCGACCGGACUCAGGCGAUGACGAUGGCGCAAUAAGGUAUAAUAUGCCAACCCCUCUGAUACAGGCUUUCGAAAGCAUCGUGCUAUACCUGCUAUGCAUCUGGCGUGCCAGCAGACGGUAUGGCGUCGAGAGCUCCCAUCUCACACAAGUUCAAGACCAGUUCUACGAGCAUCUCCGCGAAGCAGAGGCAGCCUUCAUCCGCAUGCGCGUUCAUGCAGAAGCAGACGACGAUCGCUUUGCAGGUUUUGAGUCACUGCGCACUGCAGAUACGCUCCUCGCACUCCUGGUCGAAAAUGUCCUCGACAUUUCCGACAGCUCGGUGGUCGAAGACCGGCCCGAUGCUCCACAUUUUGACCUUCGUCACGUCUACAGCAAAUAUACGUCCGAGUGCAUUGUCAAGGCCAAGCGCCACGCCUCGGCGCGCAUUCACAAGGAUGUCAAGCUCCUCAUCGAGGAGAUUGCAACGGUAGGCGAGAUUCUUGAGCAGCAGCGCAGCAUCGUCAACGACCUGUUCUCCAUUAAGAAGCGGGAGAGUCCCAUGCAGGCCCUCGACCAGCGCGUCAAGCGCCGCACCCUGGCACACCUGGACGAGACGGCGCGGCACUUCAAGAAGUUGUACGAGCACGCACGCCAGGCGGCGGACUGGAAUCAGCAUUUCAUCAAUGUGCGCGGCGAAGAUAAUAAUAAGGCUAUCUACGUGUUCACAGCAGUGACGGUCAUCUUCCUGCCGUUGACGUUCGUUGCCGGGUUGCUGGGCAUGAAUACCAAAGAGAUCAGGGAUACUAAGGAUAGCCAGUGGCUGUUCUGGGCUGUGGCGAUGCCGUUCACGGCUUGUGUAUUGGUCAUCUGUAUUGGGAUCGUGCAGUAUAAGUUCUUGGUGCGCAAGCGGCUCAACGCGGUCCUGAGGCGGUGUUGCGGGUCAAGGAGGAGAAGGUGA